UUUUUUUUACGGAUAUACUACAUACACCUGUGAAGUGAAUCAAAUAAAUCGCGUACCGAUCGCAAAUGUCGGAGAGGAAUUUUUAAAAGCCCCAAAUGCGAAUCAUAUCGAAACUGUAUCCUCGCGGCCCCCUCGAUCGCAAUGGGAAAAUGCUGAUCCUGCUGCUGCUUAUCGUAACGCUGACGGAAGCAAUUGGCGCCUUUGGGCCAGAGUUUGUGGAGAGCAUUUCCAAUGUGUCCGUUGCCGUGGGCCGCGACGCCACCUUCACGUGUCACGUCCGGCACCUGGGCGGCUAUCGGGUGGGCUGGCUGAAAGCCGACACCAAGGCCAUCCAGGCCAUACACGAGAACGUCAUCACACACAAUCCCCGUGUGACGGUCAGCCAUUUGGAUCAGAACACCUGGAAUCUGCACAUCAAGGCGGUGGCCGAGGAGGAUCGCGGCGGCUACAUGUGCCAAUUGAACACGGAUCCCAUGAAGAGUCAGAUAGGCUUCCUGGAUGUCGUCAUACCGCCGGACUUUAUCAGCGAGGACACUUCAUCGGAUGUGAUUGUGCCGGAGGGCAGUUCGGUGCGCCUGACAUGUCGAGCCCGUGGCUAUCCGGAACCGAUUGUCACCUGGCGCCGUGAGGACGGCAACGAGAUUGUUCUCAAGGACAAUGUGGGCGCCAAGACACUAUCGCCCUCGUUUCGCGGCGAAGUGCUGAAGCUGUCAAAGAUCUCACGGAACGAGAUGGGCUCGUAUCUGUGCAUCGCCUCCAAUGGGGUGCCCCCAUCGGUUUCAAAGCGCAUCUCGCUUAGCAUACACUUUCAUCCAGUCAUCCAAGUACCAAAUCAAUUAGUCGGCGCACCACUUGGCACUGAUGUUCAAAUCGAGUGUCACGUUGAGGCCUCGCCCAAAUCAAUUAACUACUGGAUUAAGGACACGGGUGAGAUGAUUGUCACCUCGGGCAAGUACCAUGUGCAGGAGAGCUCCCAGUCCAUGUACGAGACGAAGAUGUCGAUGAUUGUGCGCAAGUUUCAGAAGGAUGAUGUCGGCUCCUAUCGCUGCAUAGCCAAGAACUCCCUCGGCGAGGUCGACAGCAGCAUUCGCCUGUAUGAAAUCCCCGGUCCGAAUCGUAAUAAAAAUCCCUUGAACGGAAAGGGCAACGUCGGCGCUGGCGGCGGCGGCGGCGGAGGCGGAGGCGGAGGCUUGGAUGCGGAUGCCAAUGACAUUUUAAAACAGAAACAACAAGUCAAAGUCACAUACCAGCCGGACGACGAGGAGCUGCAGUAUGGUUCCGCCGAGGAUUUCGAUGGCGAUGGCGAGGGUGGCCUGACGCCGUUAUCGCCUCACGUUUACUACACCAGCGGCAAUAAACCGCCCACACAUAAGCCUGGCAGCACUGCCGGCGGCGGCGGCGGCGGUGGCAGCGGCAAUCAGCAUCAGCAUCAACAUCAACAGCACCACCAUCACCAUCACCACCAGCAGCAGCAGCAUAACGGUGCAGGUGGCGGCGCUGCAGGUGGCGGUGGUGCAUCGGGUGGCGGAGAUCUGGGCAUCACACGUAAGCCGCCUCCCUAUUACGGCGUCGGCGGCGGCAAUACAGAGGUGCGCGGCCCCAUCGACAACAACAACAACAACGAAAUGAGCUCCGGCGGUGCCGGGCUUCGCGGCUUCCGCAUACAGCUACCGAGCAGCCUCAGUCCCAUCAGCUGGCUGUGCCAUCGGGAGGCAUGGCAUCCACAUUGGUGGCACUGUCGACAGCCGCUCUUAAUGGGUUUGUCGGCCGUGUCCGGCUUACUCCUCACGCUCUGCCUCUUAUAAUACCCAGUCUAACGGACUUGAACACAUCCCCCACACAGCAGCCCCACACAGCAGCCCACACUCCCCACACACUGCCACACGCGGACAGAGACAAAUACUCGUACUCGUACACAUGUUGUAGUAGCAAAUGUUAAAUUGUUUAUAACAAAAAACACACACGCACACACUCCAAACAGGCGGACACUGACAUGAAGACGGACACGGACACGGACACGGAAGAGGGAGGCGGUGUGCUGGGAAAUGGCAGCCAAAGAGCAAAAUAUGUAUCGAUAUUUAGAGAAUUUAAUAAUAUGAUAAUUAACAUAAAUAGACUUGAGUAUAGCCAGGCAUCAAAGUGUGCUGGCAGUGCUCGUAAUACUCUCAUACCACACCCAGUAAUCCCGACACUCCACUGUACUCCCGACACUCCACUGCACCAGGGGUACUCCUGUAUAUUUCUGUGUGAUUGGUUCCAUUUUUAAAUUUUUUAAAGGAAAGAUUUGUACCCUUUGGUGUCCCAUUAAAUUUGUUUACCCCGUGAUAUAUCCAAUGUCCCCAAAACCCAUUCGUACACAGCCAAAUAACUUUCCAAAAGGGUCAAUUAAUAUCACAAACCAAAACACAAUUAAACAGCAAAUACCAAACAAACACAAAGGGAAAUAAACUUUUGAUUUGUGAGCAAAUUCCUUUUUGUUUUGC